UGACAACUGAGGAGCCGGAGCUGAGCGGUGUUCGGCGUUAAAAACCCAAAGGUAAACAGACGUGGCGACUAAACGCUGACGUAGAUGAAGCGUGAGGAGAGGAAACCAUCAGGUCAGUGAGGAGCCACGAGGAGACGUGAACCUUCCUCGAAUCAAAACAUGGAACCAGCAGAAACGUCAGGUUCCAUCACGUUCUCCACACGGUUCCCCAUCGUCUGAGCUCCGACUGCAGCUCUUUCAACGACCUCGUCUCGCCGCGUCCUCUUCUUCUGCGGUGGUUUAACGGUGGCGUCUGGAGAAUCGGCUCCACCGGCUGUUGAUCGGCUCACGUUCACUCAGCAGCAGUGGAGGGAAACCAGACUUCACUCAUGUCUUGACCAUUCCUCUGAAAAUUUGGUUAAAAUUUGCGCCAGAUUUGGAUGGAAAUUCGACUGUUGUUGCUUGAUACAAAAAUACAAAUAACCUAUAAGACAGUGUCCGGAGUCAACGGGCCGCUGGUGAUUUUGGAUCAGGUGAAGUUCCCCAGGUACGCAGAGAUCGUCCAUCUCACCCUGCCGGAUGGUACCAAGAGGAGCGGGCAGGUUCUGGAGGUCACCGGCUCCAAAGCCGUGGUGCAGGUGUUUGAGGGGACUUCGGGUAUCGAUGCCAAGAAGACCAGCUGUGAGUUUACGGGGGACAUCUUACGGACACCUGUGUCUGAGGAUAUGCUGGGUCGUGUGUUCAAUGGAUCUGGUAAACCUAUCGACAGAGGACCAGCAGUCCUGGCUGAGGACUUCUUGGACAUCAUGGGCCAGCCUAUAAACCCUCAGUGUCGUAUCUAUCCCGAGGAGAUGAUUCAGACCGGUAUAUCUGCCAUAGACGGCAUGAACAGCAUCGCUAGGGGGCAGAAAAUACCCAUCUUCUCUGCUGCAGGGCUACCGCACAAUGAGAUCGCAGCUCAGAUCUGUCGGCAGGCCGGUUUGGUGAAGAAGUCCAAGGAUGUGAUGGACUACAGCGAGGACAACUUUGCCAUAGUGUUUGCAGCCAUGGGGGUUAACAUGGAGACAGCCAGGUUCUUUAAGUCGGACUUUGAGGAGAACGGGUCCAUGGACAAUGUGUGUUUGUUCCUCAACCUGGCCAACGACCCCACCAUCGAGCGAAUCAUCACGCCUCGUUUAGCUCUGACAUCAGCAGAGUAUCUUGCCUAUCAGUGUGAGAAGCACGUCCUCGUCAUCCUCACCGAUAUGAGCUCCUACGCAGAGGCUCUGCGAGAGGUGUCUGCAGCCAGAGAGGAGGUUCCAGGCCGGCGAGGUUUUCCUGGCUACAUGUACACGGAUUUGGCCACCAUCUAUGAGAGAGCUGGCAGAGUAGAAGGACGUAAUGGCUCCAUCACGCAGAUCCCCAUCCUCACCAUGCCCAAUGACGACAUCACUCAUCCUAUUCCUGACCUGACUGGUUACAUCACUGAGGGACAGAUCUAUGUGGACAGGCAACUUCACAACAGACAGAUCUAUCCUCCUAUCAACGUGUUGCCGUCUCUGUCUCGUCUGAUGAAAUCUGCCAUCGGGGAAGGAAUGACCCGCAGAGACCACUCUGAUGUUUCCAACCAGCUCUAUGCCUGUUAUGCCAUAGGGAAGGACGUCCAGGCCAUGAAGGCAGUGGUGGGAGAGGAGGCUCUGACAGCUGAUGAUCUGCUCUAUCUGGAGUUCCUGACCAAGUUUGAGAAAAACUUCAUCUCCCAAGGUGCCUAUGAAAACAGGAGCGUGUUUGAGACUCUGGACAUCGGGUGGCAGCUCAUGAGGAUCUUCCCCAAGGAGAUGCUGAAGAGGAUCCCUCAGAGCACCUUAGCUGAGUUCUACCCACGAGAAGCCAAACAUUAACCCAACACACUACCGGUCCUGCUGCUUCCAUCGGUGAAACCUCAGUAUAGUAUUGUGCCGUCACAUAUGAUUUGAUGCUGUAAACGUCCUGACACUUGUGACUCUCAUGUGGGCCUGACAACAAACCAUUCCUGCUUAGACAACCAGAAACGGAAGAUACUCAGAUACACAUGAAUGUAGAGGAAGGGAAUAAGUUGAUGUGUUUAUUGCCUGUGUGCGAGAAGAUAAGGAUUACAUUUUGAUUACUGUGUCACGCCUAUAUUUAGCAAACAGCACUGCACAAAGUGCAGGAAAAAAGGGAAAUAGCUUCCAUAAUCAUUUUUUUCAGACCAAAAAAACAUAAAUUGUUAAUAAAGCAUCCUUUCUCACACUCUGGAGAUUAAUUAGCAAAGGAACAGGUCGAUAGGUUGGGAAAUACGCCCAUUCCUUCUCUGGCAGUCCAGCACAAACCCCCCUGUAAAACGACAAAUUGACGCGUUUACAUUUUACAAAUGAACUAAAGUGUAACUGUGUUAAUCGGUGAUCAUUAGAGGUGCUGGUAGGUGGGCUUUGUUGCCACUCUGAACAUCUAACUCUCACCAGGAAAGCCAGUAAGAGUGUUUCUUAGAAUGUCAAACAAGUUCUAUUAAAGGUGCCCUUGCGAGUUUUGGACCACUAGUAGUGCCACGGAGGAAUGUUUGUAUGUCUGGGUCCCUGUAAACAAAUGUUUAAUUAUGUUUGCUAGAGCUCGCGGACACACGCAGUGUGUUUUUUGUGAGAAACGCUGAGUGAACUUUUGUUUGUUUUUAGAAGAAAACUCCGCAGGGCGCUUUAGUACCAACCACGUGGUUGGACGAGGUGAGAAGUGUGACCCGUCGCACCUGUAAUCGUAACCAACCAGUGAUGUCACAGUGCGCUGGAGUACACCUGUGCAUCACUGCAGCAAGGUGGGAAGUGAAACCGCUGGAGGUCAGCUGAAACAAGAUUUUCCCAGGGUGUUAAAUGGCUCUUUUAAUAUGCAUAUAUUUUGAUAUUUUCAGAUCAUUUUUCUUCAAACUUACUUUAAAAAAGCUUAAUUUUAUUAUUCCCACAGUAUUAUAGUAUAAUUGCAGCUAAUUCUUGGCCCCUGCAUGAAAAAGUGUGAGGCGUGAGUGAGUGCAAAGGCUUGAUGACGGCCGCGUGUUCUCAUUAGGCUUCUGCGUGGCUCACUACAGUGUUUUCUUCGAGCAGUCGGUGCACAUUUCCGGCCUUGUACGUGCUGUACGAUUGUGACACUGGGACAGACUGUCGUGUCACUGCCACCAGGUGCAAGGCCUUGUCUGGAGGAACGUUGUCCGCAUUAGACGGUAGCUUUGAUGCCCACUUUUCAUGAAAGCCAUGUCUGUAAUGGGGGACCGGGAGAUUAAACUAUAUCAGACUAAGUAUCGGGCAUUUAAGUGAUGAUCACACGUGUGAGGAUACUGUGAGCUUUAAACAACUUGUCCCCUCAUUACUUUACUGCUCGAUGUUCUUGUGGUUUCUUCGGAUGAUCAUUCUUUGUUGACUCUGCUCUUUUAUUCCAGUGCCAGAAGCUUGAAGCGAUGUUACCUUGUUUGAUGUUUCCUGUGUAUGUGUAAGCUUUAAGUUCUCUACUGUCUGAAUACAUCAGCCUUGAAAUAUCUAUGAAUUGUGUAUUUCUGUUUGAACAGUGUGUGCAUAUCGACUGGAUAUGUGAAUCGGCUUGCAUGCAUUGCCGUUGAAUGUUUCCUGUUGGUGCCUCGAGUACCGUAUAAAAUUAAAGCU